AACUCAUCAGUAGACUGCUAGUCCUGUGUGAAUUACGGAAAUGUCGAGCUUUCAGCUUCUUAGCGUCCUUCCAAAACCUUCUUAUGACCAUGUCUUUAAUAGAGAACGCAAUGAAUUUGUAACUACAACAGCCACGAACCAAGUAGAAGUAUAUAAACAACAAGGCAACGAAUGGGUUCUCAACAAAACCUUCAGCGAUCACGAGAAAAUCGUCACAUGCGUUGACUGGUCUCCUGUUACCAACCGAAUCGUAACAUGCUCUCAGGAUCGCAAUGCGUAUGUGUAUGAAAAGCAACGUGAUGGAAGUUGGAAGCAAACUCUUGUCCUUCUUCGGUUAAACCGUGCCGCUACGUUUGUCCGCUGGUCUCCGAAGGGAGACAAGUUUGCCGUAGGAAGUGGUGCUCGGGUCAUUUCAGUGUGCUAUUUUGAAGAAGAAAACGACUGGUGGGUCAGUAAACAUCUAAAGCGUCCCUUGAGAAGCACCAUUCUGUCUUUGGAUUGGCAUCCCAACAACGUUUUGCUUGCUGCUGGCUGUGCCGAUCGCAAGGUGUAUGUGUUGUCAGCAUACAUUCGUGAUGUUGAUGAAAAGCCUGAAGCUACUGUCUGGGGAUCCCGUCUUCCCUUCAAUACCGUUUGUGCGGAGUAUCCUUCUGGCGGUUGGAUCCAUUCAGUUCAAUUCUCUCCUUCAGGAAAUGCUUUGGCUUUUACAAGCCACGAUUCUUCCCUUACUAUCGCAUAUCCAAGCGCCCCUGAACAACCCCCUCGUGCUUUUGCUACUCUUAAAUUACCUCAGCUGCCCUUUCAUUCUCUUCUGUGGGUGAACGAAACCACCAUCGUUGCUGCAGGCUAUAACUAUGCACCUCUUCUUUUCCAAGGAAACGAAUCUGGUUGGUAUUUUAUUGGUGAUUUAGAUCCUGGUGCUUCAAAAACCACGGCUACUCAGACCGGAAAGGAUGCCGUAAAAGAUGAAGAGGAGUCUGGUCCCGUCUCCUUUUCUGCCUUGCGUUCUACUUUCCGAAAUAUGGAUCUGAAGGGUUCGAGCCAAUCUGUUUCUUCUUUACCUACUGUACACCAAAAUAUGAUUGCUUCUCUUCGCUCCUACGCUGGUGCACCAGGAAACAUGACUUCCUUCACCUCUAGCGGUACUGAUGGUUGCAUCGUUUUAUGGAAUCUUUAAUUUGUCCAGUUAUGACUUAUGAUCUUUUUGUCGGUUCUCUUUCUUUUUGCGGUAUUGUAUAAAUAUUCAUGGCUUUAUCAAUAUCUAAAGUUUAUGUAAAGAACAAUACUUUUAUGAAUAAAGCGCUUACUCUAUCUAUGUCACCGUGAUCUCGCACAUAUACGCUUAUAUUUUCAAGCUAAUUUGUUUGAUUUAAGAAUGCUUCAAUUGAUACUUUGGAUCCAUUAUUUCUGAAAAUUAAACUAAAAGUAUGAAACAAAUCAUUAAACGUACGAAAGAUAUCCUAUAAAUAAAUUAACCUAUCA